GUCAACUUUGACAGCAGGCGCCUGCUGUUUGGGAUAUUUACAAAACUCACGUGUAGUUUGUUGUUUACCAGCUUCCAGAAAACGGACAGCGCAAUCCGUUCUGCAUUCUCUGCUUGUUGCUACAGAAAAGUUUAAAAAAUGGGCAAGAAGCGUAAAGCAGGAGCCGUCGAGGACGAUAAUGGAGAGUACGAUUUACCAGCAAAGCACAUGAACACUAGCCACAUCCGAGCUAACGAGCGUAGGUUGAUCAUAGUGCUCGAAGGAGCUCAACUGGAGACGGUAAAGGUAGGGCAAGUGUUUGAAUUACUAAACUGUGACGAUCAUCUGAGCAUAUUUCGAAAAAAUAAUCGUGAUCCGGGUAGCUGCCGGCCAGACAUAACACACCAAUCGCUUUUGAUGUUGAUGGAUUCACCGCUGAACCGAGCCGGCUUGCUGCAGGUGUUCGUGAAAACGGAGAAGAACAUGCUGAUCGAGAUAGAUCCACAAACGAGAAUACCGCGGACAUUUAAACGGUUCGCUGGUCUUAUGGUGCAACUGCUUCAUAAAUUUUCGAUAAAGGCCGCGGAUACGCAGAAAAAGCUGAUGAGAAUCGUCAAGAAUCCCAUCACAAACCAUCUGCCGGUUGGAUGUCGGAAGCUGGCGAUGUCUUUCAGUGCCACUCAGGUUCAGAAUGCCAGGGAGCUGGUGCCAGAGAAAAAUGAACCAAUUGCUUUGGUUAUUGGAGCGUUUGCCCACGGAAAUUUGAACUUGGACUACACCGAGGGAUCCGUAUCGAUUAGCAACUACCCUUUGUCGGCUGCAUUGACGUGUACAAAGAUAUGUUCUGCUUUCGAAGAAGCUUGGGGCAUAAUAUAGGAGCAAUAAAGUGGGAAAAUUUCGUUGAAUAAUUCGAAAAUUGCAUUGGCCACCCUUUCAACACA